AUAGAGAGAGUGAAGUCAGGAUUUGUAUGAAUAAUAAAGCCGGGCCGACAUUAAACGCGUAGAAGACAACCUGUACGAGGCGUUUAAUAAGCUGCAACAAUGGGUUCCCAGUUUCCACUUUGAAUUUUCUCCUCUCUCUCAAACACACAUUAAACCUUAUUGUUGAUGGGUGUUCUUGACAACAAAUGAGCAAUCUAUCGUUUUCAUGGAUUUUCUUGAUAUCCCUUUUCCAAAUCUUAUCAGGCACAAAUACUGUAUUGGUUUUUGGUCAAUGCCUUGAUGAUCAACGGUCAUUAUUGAAUCAAUUCAAGAACAGCAUCAUCUUCGACAAGACAAUUUCUGUCAAACUGUUGACCUGGAAUCAGUCUGAGAAUUGUUGCAGCUGGAAGGGGAUUGCCUGCGAUAGUUCGGGGCAUGUGAUCAGUUUGGAACUGGAUAACGAAGCGAUUUCUGGUGGAAUUGAGAAUUUGACUAGUCUUCUUGAUUUUCAGUACCUAGAGAAGUUGAAUCUGGCUUACAACAGAUUCAACAACAUUCAGAUACCAAAGGGGAUUUAUAAUCUUACGAAUUUGACAUACUUGAACUUAUCAAAUGCAGGUUUUCUUGGACAGAUUCCAUUUGAGAUUUCGAGGAUGACAAGGUUGGUUUCUCUUGAUCUCUCAACUCUUUUCCCCGGAAUGCAGCCUCUGAAACUUGAGAAUCCAAAUCUGAAAAAGUUUGUUCAGAACCUUAAAGAGCUUCGAGAACUCUAUCUAGAUGGCGUUAGUAUUUCAGCUCCCGGGAGUGAAUGGUGCCAGGCCUUGUCUUCGUCUUUACCAAAUCUAAGCAAUUUGAGCCUGUCUAAUUGUCUUCUUUCAGGUCCGCUAGAUUCUUCCUUAUCACAGCUUCAAAAUCUUUCAUUUCUCCGCCUUGACAUGAACAAUCUGUCCACGACAAUUCCAGACUCCUUCGCAAAUUUCUUGAAACUGACAACCUUGAGCAUGAGCUCUUGUUCUCUGCAAGGAUUCUUUCCCGACAAAAUCUUCCAGUUACCCACUUUAAAGAAUCUGGAAUUGUCCAAUAAUAAGUUGCUCAAUGGCAAUUGGCCGCAAUUUCCCAGGGAUGGAUCUCUUAGAAAAAUCAUUCUUAGCCACACCAACUUUUCAGGUUCAUUGCCUGAUUCCAUUGGUAACCUUGGCAUGUUGUCGUGGAUUGAUCUGACGAAUUGCAAUUUCAGUGGACUACUUCCACCCACGAUAACAAAUCUCACCGAAGUAGUUUAUUUGGACUUCUCGUGGAAUAAACUCACUGGUUUACUCCCACUUUUCAAUAUGUCCAAGAAACUUACCCAUAUAGACCUCUCCCGUAAUGAUCUAAUCGGUUCACUUUCUUCAAUGCAUUUUGAGGGACUUAAUGAUCUUGUGUAUAUGGACUUAGGGUAUAAUUCACUCAAUGGGAGCAUCCCCCCUGCUCUGUUUGCGCUCCCGUCACUGCAGAAACUCAAAUUGUCUAACAAUCAAUUUGGUGGCCAAGUCAAUGAAGCUUCGAAUGCGUCCUCGUCCCAAUUGGAUACACUCGAUUUGAGUAGUAAUCUCCUAGAAGGGCCUAUUCCCAAAUUUUUCUUUGAACUUCAAAAGCUUAAUGUUCUCUCACUUUCCUCCAACUUCUUUAACGGCACUGUACAGAUGGAAAAUAUCCAUAACCUCCAAAACCUCACGACACUUGAGCUUUCUCACAAUCGCUUGACUAUCAAUGCAAGCAACAGUUCUUUUAGCCCAUAUCCAUUUCCACAGAUAACCAGAUUAAGCUUAGCUUCCUGCAAUCUAAAAAGUUUUCCUGACGUGAGGAACCUAUCCAAACUGUCCUUUUUAGACCUUUCAAACAACCAAAUUAAAGGGGAAAUACCUAAUUGGAUCUGGGAAGCCGGAAAUGGAAGUCUUAGUCAUUUAAAUCUUUCUUACAAUUUCUUACAAGAUCUGCAAAAGCCUUACAACAUUUCAAGUCUUAAUGUUUUAGACAUUCAUAGCAACCAGCUCCAGGGCGAUCUGCCAAUCCCUCCAUCAUCAGCUAUCUAUAUAGAUUUCUCAAGCAAUUAUUUCAAUCACGGUAUUCCAGCUCAUAUUGGCAACAGUGUUUCGUUUGCUUCUUUCUUCUCUCUUUCAAAUAAUAGUUUAAUGGGAGCUAUACCUGAAUCCAUAUGCAAUGCCAGUUACCUUCUAGUUCUAGAUUUGUCUAACAAUUAUUUGAGCGGUAAAAUCCCGAACUGUCUACUAUCAAGUCAGACUCUUGGCGUACUGAAUCUAGGAAGAAACAAUCUCAGCAGAACCAUUCCUGAUGCAUUUUCUCCCAGCUGUGAUCUAAGAACUCUAGACCUCAGUGGGAACAGUUUUACAGGGGAGAUUCCAGGAUCUCUGGCCAAUUGCAAAUUGUUAGAAGUUUUAAAUGUUGGAAACAACAAAGUUGAUGGAAUCUUCCCUUGCGUGUUGAAAAAUUCAUCCAGCUUGCGUGUGUUAGUUCUGCGAUCCAACAGAUUUUACGGAGAACUUCAAUGUCCUGGGGCCAAUAACAGCUGGCCAAAUCUUCAAAUCAUUGAUAUAGCUUUUAACAAUUUCAGUGGAUCUCUCUCCCCAGGAUGCUUCUUAAGUUGGAGAGGAAUGGAGCUUGACAAUGAAUCCCAAUUUGAGCACAACCACCUGAAAUUUAAUUUUCUGAAUCUGAGCAACUUCUAUUAUCAGGACACCGUGACAGUAACCAUUAAAGGGUUAGAAAUGGAGCUUGUGAAAAUUCUAACAGUUUUUACAUCCAUUGAUUUCUCAUGCAAUAAUUUCGAAGGGGAGAUACCAGAAACUGUUGGGAAUCUAAGUUCUCUUUACAUUCUGAACUUAUCACAUAAUGCUCUCACGGGACAUAUCCCAAAAUCAAUUGGUAAUUUGGCACAGCUUGGAUCGCUAGACCUCUCAAUGAACCAGCUAACUGGAGAGAUACCAGAAGAGCUCACAAGUCUAACAUUCCUAUCAUUCUUGAAUCUGUCCUAUAAUAGGUUGUUUGGUAAGAUCCCGACAGGUUCUCAAUUUCAAACAUUUACACCGGCCUCCUAUGAAGGAAAUAUGGGGCUAUGCGGGUUUCCAUUGCAAACAAGCUGCGAAGAAAACACAUCUACACCAAAGUCAGGACCUAUCUCUACAAGUUUAGAUUUUGAUUGGCAGUUCAUAUUCACUGGCUUGGGAUUCGGGUUUGGAGCAGCACUGGUCAUUGCACCUCUUGCAUUCGUCAAGAAAUGGAGGAAGCAAUGCAACGAGCAUCUGGAAAAACUUAUAAAGCUGAUUUUUCCAAGGUAUGGAUUCAGUUAUGUUAGAUUUGAUGGUAAGGCUGAGGCUGCAGCCAAAAUUGUAGAUGAGACAACCGAAGAUGAGGAGGAUAAAGAGGACGAAAAUGAAGAUGAAAUAGAAGAUGACACGUUCUGCGGUAGGUAUUGUGUGUUUUGCACAAAAAUUGACAUUCAAAGAAAAAAAGCCGUGCACAAUCCAAAAUGCACAUGCCAUUAUUCACCUCCCACGUUCUAUUCUUCACCUACAUCUUUUUCUUCUUCUCCUUUGUUAAUCUCAUAUCGCCAAAAUGUUUUGAGCCCAUCUUGAUUUUUGUAUAGAUACACAGGCAAACAUUAAAGUGAAUAUGGGUUGACAAAAAAAAAACGUGUUCUUUAUGUUAACUAGAUUCUUGUUGAAAUAUACAUAUUCUUUCAGCAAA